CGUAGUUUUCACGGCUGCCAAAUAAUGCUUUGCAAAAAACGAAUCAACUGGAAAGUUACAGCCACUGCGUCUGCGAGAGAGAAACCCCAGUUCGGCAAUUCCCAAACUGCUUUCUUCUCUCUAUAUAUACAGUAAUUUUGUAAAUCCCUUCCGACAAGUUUUACGCUGUCGAUAGCAAAUGGGGGCAGGGCGUGAGAUGUCGAUAUCGCUGGAUGGAGUGAGGGAUAAGAAUGUGAUGCAACUCAAGAAGCUAAAUACUGCACUCUUCCCUGUUCGAUACAACGACAAGUAUUACGCUGAUGCCCUUGCUUCCGGGGAGUUUACUAAACUAGCAUAUUACAGUGACAUUUGUGUUGGCGCAAUUGCAUGCCGGCUGGAGAAGAAGGAAGGAGGGGCUGUUCGUGUUUACAUCAUGACAUUAGGUGUUUUAGCACCAUAUCGAGGCCUAGGCAUUGGUACAAGGCUGUUGAAUCAUGUUCUUGAUCUCUGCUCCAAGCAAAACAUUUCUGAGAUUUACUUGCAUGUGCAGACAAACAAUGAGGAUGCCAUCAAGUUUUACAAGAAAUUUGGAUUUGAAAUCACAGAUACCAUCCAGAACUAUUACACAAACAUUACACCACCUGACUGCUAUGUUCUUACCAAAUUCAUCACUUGUCAAACAAAUAAAUGAACAAUGUUGUAGGCUUCACUGUAAGUUGGCAGUCCUUGAUUUUUCUUGCUAUUAUUUGAACUGAGCUUGGGAUUAAUUAUACAAGGGACAUCAGAAUCUGAUUGGUGAAAUGACUUUAACAGUUCCUGUAUGAUCUGUUGGACCAAUGACCUAUAAAUCAUUAUGGCUUUGAAAUUUUGUGUUC